AUGAUCAAACAAGGUCGUUUGUCAACACCAUACAAGGGUAUCGGUGAAUGUUUCUCACGUGUCGUAAAGGAAGAAGGUGUCUACUCUCUCUGGCGUGGUAACACUGCCAACGUCAUCCGAUACUUCCCAACCCAAGCCUUGAACUUUGCCUUCAAGGACUACUUCAAGCGUAUGUUCAACUACAAGGUCGAUAAGGAUGGAUACUGGAAGUGGUUUGCUGGUAACUUGGCUUCUGGUGGUAUGGCUGGUGCUUCAUCAUUGUUGUUUGUGUACUCUCUCGACUAUGCUCGUACUCGUCUUGCCAACGAUGCCAAGUCAUCCAAGAAGGGUGGAGGAGAACGACAAUUCAACGGUCUCAUUGACGUAUACAAGAAGACCUUGGCUACCGACGGUAUUGCCGGUCUUUACCGUGGAUUUGCCAUCUCUUGUGUUGGUAUCAUAGUUUACCGUGGUUUGUACUUUGGUCUCUACGACUCGAUCAAACCAGUCUUAUUGGUCGGACCCUUGGAAGGAUCUCUCUUGGGAUCUUUCUUCUUGGGUUGGUCCAUCACCAUUGGUGCUGGUUUGGCAUCAUACCCUAUUGAUACUGUCCGUCGUCGUAUGAUGAUGACGUCCGGACAAGCCGUCAAAUACAGGUCAUCCAUGCACUGCUUCAGUGAAAUCGUCAAAAACGAAGGUACUUCCUCCUUGUUUAAGGGUGCUGGUGCUAACAUCUUGCGUGCUGUCGCUGGUGCUGGUGUGUUGGCUGGAUACGAUCAACUCCAACUGAUUAUGUUCGGCAAGGCCUACAGCGGUGGAUCUGGUUAA